AAAUGCCAGUUUUCCAUACGAAAACUAUAGAAAGCAUUUUGGAUCCAGUUGCCCAGCAGGUCUCCCGUCUUGUCAUUCUCCACGAAGAAGCCGAAGAUGGCAAUGCCAUGCCCGAUCUUAGCCGUCCGGUACAAGUUGUAUCGGCUGCCGUUACCAAUCUUGUUAAAGUUGGACGUGACACCAUUAACAGUUCCGACGAUAACAUCCUGCGACAAGAUAUGCCAGCAGCAUUGAAUCGCGUUGAGACUGCCUCGCAGUUACUUGAAGAAGCUUCAGAUAUGUUGCGCGCCGAUCCAUAUUCAGGGCCGGCACGCAAAAAGCUAAUUGAAGGAAGCCGCGGUAUACUGCAAGGCACCUCUUCGCUAUUGCUUUGCUUUGAUGAAUCGGAGGUGCGUAAAAUUAUACAGGAAUGUAAGAGGGUUCUCGAUUAUUUGGCCGUCGCCGAAGUCAUCAAUACCAUGGAAGAUUUGGUACAAUUCCUGAAAGAUUUAUCACCCUGCCUGAGUAAGGUAUCACGAGAGGUUGGGGCUCGUGAGAAGGAGUUGACACAUCAGGUGCAUAGUGAAAUAUUGGUGCGAUGCUUGGAACAAGUUAAGAUUUUGGCACCGAUUUUAAUCUGCAGCAUGAAGGUGUAUAUCCACAUUGUCGAACAGCAGGGUAAGGGGGUGGAAGAGGCCGCGGAGAAUCGUAAUUAUUUGGCCUCGCGAAUGAGUGAUGAGAUCCAGGAAAUUAUUCGGGUGCUCCAAUUGACCACCUAUGAUGAAGAUACCAGUGAAUUGGAUAAUUUAACGGUGCUCAAGAAGCUGAGUAAUGCCAUUAACACGAAAGCGGAACUGGCCAAUGAUUGGUUGAAUAAUCCCUAUGCCCUGAAGGGCGGAGUGGGCGAGAAGGCCCUGCGGCAAAUUAUCGAUAAUGCCAAUGAAAUAUCGGAACGUUGUUUGCCACAAGAUUCCUAUCCCAUUAGGCGUACAGCUGAUGAAAUUUCCGCAAUGGCUAAUAGCCUGUGUGAACUGCGUCAGGAGGGUAAGGGUACCUCACCUCAAGCUGAAUCUUUGGCCAGGGCCAUUAGAGAAAAAUUGGGAGAAUUACAAUCGCAGAUACAAAAUGCCGUUGUCGGUGUAGAUAAGGCGGGAGUGCAACAGACAGCCCACACCAUCCAGGGUCGUUUGGAACAGGCUGUUAAAUGGUUGCAGCAUCCUGAGAUCAAUGAUGGCGGCCUCGGUGAGCGGGCAGUGAAUUUAAUUGUGGAAGAAGGCCGCAAGGUGGCCGAGGGUUGCCCUGGCCAUCAAAAGGCUGAGAUUAUGCAGCUCUGCGAUGAAGUGGAACGUUUGAAACGUCAGGCUGCUGGUAACAGCCCCGCUGCCAAGGAGGCAGCCAAGAAGUUGACCCACAAGCUGCAUGAGCUCAAGGAGGCCGUACAAAAUGCUUUGGUCAAUCGCAUUGUGCAGGAUUUCAUGGAUGUCAGCACUCCGCUGAAACAAUUUACCGAGGCGGUGAUGCUGCCCGAAGGUACCCCUGGACGGGAACAAAAUUUCAAUCAAAAAUCCAAUAAUCUCCAAGCGUUUUCCGAUCGUGCCUCAAAGACCUCCCGCAUGGUGGCAGCGGGUGGUGCUUGCGGUAACAAGAAAAUCGCCGAAAUUUUAUUAUCCUCCGCUUCGCAGGUGGAUUCCUUAACACCACAGCUAAUCAAUGCCGGGCGGAUUCGUAUGAAUUACCCUGCCAGCAAGGCGGCCGAUGAACAUUUACAAAAUCUCAAACAACAAUAUGCCGAUACCGUGUUGCGUAUGCGUACCGUUUGUGAUCAGGCUACCGAUCCGGCAGACUUCAUUAAAACCUCCGAGGAACAUAUGCAAAUGUAUGCGAAGUUGUGUGAGGAUGCCAUCCAUGGUAAACAGCCGCAGAAGAUGGUGGAUAACACUUCGAAUAUUGCCCGGCUCAUCAAUCGGGUGCUGUUGGUUGCCAAACAGGAGGCUGAUAAUUCGGAAGAUCCACAAUAUACGGCGAAGUUGAAUGCUGCCGCCAAUCGUUUGGAAAGUUCCCUACCCGCCAUGGUGGGAGAUGCUAAGCGGGUGGCGACCAAUAUAAAUGACCCUGCUGCCGCCCAUGCAUGGAAAUCAUCAUUCCAAAGGUUAUUGGGUGAUGUCAAGGAUGUACGCAAUGCCAUUGCACCACCCCAGCCACCACCAUUGCCCCAGGUGCCACCACCACCAAUUCCAGAAUUCAGUGCCAUGCAUUUGUCCAAUCAAAAUGCUGAACGUGCACCACCCCGUCCACCACUACCCCGUGAAGGUUUGGCACCACAACGUCCACCACCACCAGAGACCGAUGAUGAAGAUGAGGGUGUCUUCCGUACCAUGCCACAUGCUAAUCAACCGAUUUUGAUUGCCGCCCGUGGCCUCCAUCAAGAAGUCCGCCAGUGGUCAUCGAAAGACAAUGAAAUUAUUGCCGCUGCCAAGCGAAUGGCCAUUCUCAUGGCACGUCUCUCCGAUUUGGUUCAAUCCGAUUCACGUGGCAGUAAACGUGAACUGAUUGCCACCGCCAAACAAAUUGCCGAAGCUUCAGAGGAUGUAACUCGGCUAGCUAAGGAGCUGGCACGACAAUGUACCGAUCGUCGUAUACGUACCAAUCUCCUGCAAGUUUGUGAACGUAUACCCACAAUUGGUACACAAUUGAAGAUAUUGUCAACCGUAAAAGCCACCAUGUUGGGGGCCCAGGGCUCAGAUGAAGAUCGUGAGGCUACCGAGAUGUUGGUUGGCAAUGCCCAAAAUCUUAUGCAGAGUGUCAAAGAAACUGUUCGUGCUGCUGAGGGUGCUAGCAUUAAAAUCCGUUCCGAUCACACCAAUCGCCUACAAUGGGUGCGCCGCCAGCCAUGGUAUCAAUACUAAGA